CGACGUGAAAUACACAAAAACAAAUCAAAUUCCUAAUGUGGAGAGGUUCGCAUGCGUAGAACAAUUAAAGUCUUUAAUUUAGAGCAAAAACUAAAGUGGAUUUUAUCAGCGCAACAAUUCAUUGGUAUCAGUAAUGUAAAUAUCUUCCUUCAGUGUAUAUACCAUACGUGUUGUGUGCAUUGUGUAUUUUUUGUGAUGUUGUCGCUAAGAACUUCUAAAACUGUGGGACAGUUGUUCCAUUCUUCGCAAUCGUUUUGGUCGAGGUCCUUAGCUUCGAAAUCGUCUUCAAAGCAGAUAUUCAACUGGGAAGAUCCAUUACAGUUAGAGUCACUAUUGACCGAAGAUGAAAUAUCAAUUAGAGAUACGUUUCGUACAUACUGUCAGGAGAAGUUAAUGCCUCGAGUUAUCAAUGGCAAUAGAAAUGAAGUUUUUGACAAGACAAUUAUGACCGAGCUUGGUGAGCUUGGUGCACUGGGUUGCACAUUAAAAAAUUAUGGAUGCGCAGGUGUUUCAAGUGUGGCAUAUGGGUUGCUGACACGUGAAAUUGAACGAGUCGACUCAGGUUAUAGAUCGGCUCUAUCAGUACAAAGUUCACUGGCAAUGGGCGCAAUUUAUGACUUUGGAAAUGAUCAGCAAAGGAACAAGUAUCUGCCUAGGUUAGCAAAAGGAGAACUGAUUGGGUGUUUCGGUUUAACGGAACCAAAUCACGGCAGUGACCCCGGUUCAAUGGAAACGAAGGCCAAAUACGAUGCUGCAUCAAAAUCAUAUAUUUUGUCCGGGAGCAAGACAUGGAUCACAAAUUCACCACUAGCCGAUGUACUCAUCGUAUGGGCGAAUUGUGAAGAUAACAAAAUUCGAGGAUUCAUCGUUGACCGUUCGAUUAGUGCUAAAGGAUUGGCAACACCGAAAAUUGAAGGAAAAUUUUCGUUGCGUGCGUCAACAACCGGCAUGAUACUAAUGGAUGAUUUACGAGUACCAGAAGAGAAUCUUCUGCCAAAAGUCGAAGGUCUCAAGGGGCCGUUUACAUGUCUGAACAAUGCUCGAUACGGCAUUGCAUGGGGUGCUCUUGGAGCAGCCGAAGCGUGUCUUACUAUUGCCAGGCAAUAUACCCUAGACCGCAAGCAAUUCAAUCGUCCUCUCGCUGCCAAUCAAUUGAUUCAAAAGAAAUUAGCCGACAUGGUCACUGAAAUCGGCUUGGGUACCCUGGGAUGCAUACAAGCAGGACGGUUGAAGGAUGAACACAAAUUAGCUCCGGAGAUGAUAUCGCUGCUGAAACGGAACAACGCCGGUAAAUCAUUGGAAAUUGCCAGAGUUGCUAGAGACAUGCUCGGAGGUAACGGGAUUUCCGAUGAAUAUCAUAUCAUUCGCCACGUCAUGAAUUUGGAAUCGGUCAACACGUACGAGGGAACGCAUGAUAUUCACGCACUGAUAUUGGGUCGAGCGAUUACUGGUAUUGCAGCAUUCUCAUAAAGAUAUAUCGA